UUGAGAAGUAUAGUAAGUAGUUGUGCGUUACUAUGGAACCUAUGAACAUGGACGGAACGGCACGACGAUCUAAAUAUAAACUACUGCCUAGAUGUCCGGGACUAAUGGUUGUACUAAACACAGCCCUUAUCCUGAUAGCUACCAUCUUAAUCAUUGUUAUUCUUCACCGUGUGUCGCAAGAUAAACAAAACCUGCCACAGGAACGUAGCCAAUCAAGUUACAAUCUAGAUGAGCGUUUCCCUGGGUAUUUCCGGACUGCAGAGGAACAGGGCAUGAUUGAGCGACUUAUGCGACAGGAAACCUCUCUUCCUGAAUCUGUUCACACAUCUCCGUCGAAUGCGACGUGUCCCUUCCAGUACCGUUACCCGAACAGCACGUCAUUCGAACCUAGUUUAGCUAUAAUUAAAAUAACGCACCAUGGAUGUUGUAAAUCAGGAACAGGGCGUGUUCGAAUCGACGUCUGCGACAGAAACACUCUGCGACAGGAAACCUCUCUUCCUGAAUCCGUUCAUACAUCUUCGUCGAAUGCGACGUGUGCCUUCCAGUGCCGUUACCCGAACAACACGUCCUUCGAACCUAUUUUACCUAUACCGAAAGCAACGUACAAUGGAUGUUGUAAAACAGUAAUCAAGGGAUGUUCCAUCUGCGUCUGCCAUCAGGCGAUCAGGUACGCGCACGGGGUGUACGUGGAGAACGGGGCGCACCCCAGAGUGACGUGGUUCCCAAUACACGGCUGUUGUAAAUGCAUCAAUAGAGUUUAG